AUGACGAUUAUUGGUUGGAUUCGGGAUCUCAUCCAUCCCAAAAACUUCUUCGAAGCCCAGCGUCCAAUUAUAACAGUAACAUUUUUUGGUGGAUUAACUCCGUUCACACUUGUAAAACAUGGACGUGGUGUAGUUUUGCAGUGUACUACCUUCGGGUUUUUCAACUCUUUUCUACAUACCAUAUUAUUCAUCAUGUGCUACGUUAUCUCAAUCUCCAAACAGGAGAGCAUUACUGGAUAUUUGGUAAAUUCCGAGAUAAGCAACCUAGGGGAUAUUCUACAGGCUGCAACUGGAAUUGGAGCACUUUUAAUGACCUUUUUCUACAGCAUCAUUAAGCGGCAAAACCUCAUCGAUGCUUUUAACUCUUUAGCCGGAACUGACCGACACUUCGAAGAGAUUGGUGUGCAAAUCAGUUAUAAGACCAGUCUUCUUCGCAACUGCGCGGUGGUGAUAAUACAAUUUUUGAUCCAGGUUACCUACAAUGCUACAUGUUUUUCAAUUAUGAUCAGUUCCGGUUUGAUUAUAUGCGGUACAGUGUGGAUGUCUUUCCUGUUACCGUUUAUGAUGAUAUCAAUGAUCACCAUUUUGUUCGUUUCUUUGAUCAAUCAAAGCAAGUAUCGCUUCUACCUUUUGAACAAGAUCCUCGUAUCUCUGCAUGACAAGAAAAUUGAAAAGCGAAUCCUACUCUUCAGCGGCAAGAAAGAUAUAAUUGAGGUAGAAAAAAAUCAAAAAAAAUUCUGGAUAUCAUCGGUAUUUCCCAGCAUGCAGCGUAGCACGGCCGACGUUAUCAAUCGGGUGGCCAGCAUACAUAGCGAAAUUUGUGACGCCUGCGAUUGUAUUGAAGAGUAUUUCAAGGUGCAAAUGUUGACACUGAUAGCCAUUUCGUUCGUGAUAUGUGUCUUCGACUUGUACUACAUUUUGGAGGCGAUUUUCACCGAUGGUGCCGUCAAUUCAUUGUUCAGCAAGUUGCAGCUUGUGACGUUCUUCUUCUAUCAAGGAUUGGUUCACAUCGUUGGUGUAAUGAAAAUAGUUUACGUAAGCAGUUUGGCAGCACGAGAGAGAGCCAAGGAUCGGGAGGGACUGCAUACGUACAAAGUGCAGAAGGCUCCAAAUUGUGACGAACGUCAAAAUACGGUGGGAAAGUCACCCAAAUGCUGA